CUGAAUUUUUUAAACCUUGAAUUAUUUUCAAAUUUUUUAAAAAACUUUGGAUUGGGCCUUUGAAAACAGAAAACUUUUAAAAAUUAUUUGUUUCACGGUCACAGUUCACUGCUUCAAAAAUCAAAACCCUAAAUUAUUUCUUUCAAAACCUAAUGCUGGCCGUCAUUUCUCAUUUGCUUCACUCAUUUUGUCAUUCACUGGUCACUGCUUCAUUUGCUUCACUGCUGCACUCUCUCCCAUCUUCUUCUUCUUGAAACACUCUUUUCUCUCUUCUUGAAACUGCAUAUCGUCAUCUUCUUUAAUCGUCUCUCUUUUCUCCAGUCAAUCGUCAUCUUCUUCAAUCUUGAAACCAUCAAUAGCGAUCAUGGCGAUGCCGGGCCCAGUUGAUCCAUCAGUGCUUACGCUUCAGGCGACACACAGGAGCGUAGCUGCGUGGGAGGGCUCUACUGCUCAAUUAGUUACUCGUCAACACUACCAGGCGAGUACAUUACAGUGGGAGGUGGAUGACAGGGUAUUAGAGGUAAUCGAACUAGGUGGUUUCAGAUACAUUCAUAGGUUGUUGGGUGGGGGCUUAGAGCUCGAUCGAGCUCUUAUCACUGCAUUGGUGGAGAGGUGGAGGCCGGAGACUCAUACCUUCCACCUCACAGUUGGCGAGGCAACGAUCACAUUGCAAGAUGUGGCAGUUAUAAUGGGACUGCCCAUCGAAGGUCAAGCAGUGAUAGGCCAUGGAGAGGGAAAUUGGGCAGCAUUAGUUCAUGAGCUACUAGGGGUUUGGCCUGAAAUCCCCCAAGACCCCACACAGCCAAAGAUCAUCGUUGGAUCGUCAUUGAAGCUGACUUGGCUCCGAGAGCAUUUUAGCGCGCUGGAGGAUGACGCGAAUGAUAUGACGGUUGAUAGACAUGCGCGAGCUUACAUCUUGUACCUGUUUGGAUGCAUCUUGUUUCCAGACAAGAGCGGCGACUCGGUACAGUUGAUCUAUCUCCCUCUACUGGGAGACUUGGAUCGCAUAGAUGAGUACAGUUGGGGAAGUGCUACCCUAGUGUAUCUGUAUCGUAACUUAUGUUGAGCAUCUCGUAAGGGUGCCAAGGACAUUGGUGGCUGCUUGAUGUUGUUACAGAUAUGGUCAUGGGAGCACAUUCAUAUAGGGAGACCAAUUAUUCGGACAAUUCGACCCGAUGGACAACAUGAUCAGGAAGACGACGCGGAUGAUUUUGAACCGGUGUUAGGGUCACAACAUCGGCGCGGGAUGGAUCCUUUAGCAGUAAGCUGGCUUCGCGUAUAUCUUUCGAGAUCCCACUCCCCACAUACUCUCGUCUACUACAGAGACGCACUUGAUCGACAACGGGACGAGCAGAUGACAUGGCAGCCUUACACAGCGGCUAAGAUGGACGCUCUACCGCACAUAUGUACAUCGGGCCACGAGAUUUGGAGAUCGCGUUGUCCACUUAUUUGCUUUGGCAUUGUCGAGCUACAUCUUCCAUAUCGUGUGAUGCGUCAAUUCGGUUUGGAGCAGGUUAUUCCGCAUGCUUGUGACACCCAACCUCAACUAAUGUCAGUCUUUUAACAACAUAAUGAUAACAUAUAGGCUGAGCGCAUCCGAUCGGUGCUCAUACAGUGCAAUGACACGAUUCAAGGGGCCGCUACAUCGCAAGUUGAUGUGGGGUAUCGGUUAUGUUCUCAGAUCCUAGGCUCCAUCAACGCAUCAUUGACCGAUGCAUUGAAUCAGGCGGGGUAUGAGUACCUCAUACCGACUCCACCCGUCAUUGGCGUGGUAGAUGACACAUUCCACACUCCUUCUCCAAGGAGUUCAGCCCAUAGAGGUAGCUCUUCUGGAGGAUCCAGUUCUCGGUCCACAUGAGGUCGCCAGCGUUCAUCUACUCGAGGUCGGUCUUCCAGAUCGCCAUCGUCAUCCGGUACUAUGUCGCCAUUCGUUCCCCCAACUUCCAUCACCACUCUUCCUCCACAUCCAUCGCCUCCGCAAAGGAUCAUCACAUAUCAGCGUGCUAGUCAACGACGAGCUCCUGCUCUUAAUGUCAUUGCGGAGGUUGACGAGUUCACACCAUUAUCAUCCAUUGGUGCGCAAAACAAAAGGGGUCGGGGGUUGUAGUUUAACAAACUUCGUAUAUUCUUAUAUGACUUGAACUUCUUGUAUGACUUUCCAUAAUUGUAAUAUAUC